CUCCCUCCCCACUCCCCCGCCCCACUCCCGGACAGCCUCACCUCAUGCUGUUGAGAGCUUCGAGUUUAUCAUUCCUCAAAUUUUUCGCUCCCCCACCUCCUUCCUUCCUUAACCCCCUCCCAUUCUCUAAAUUUAAAACCCUCAACCCCUCCGCCCUCCUCUGCUUCUCCUCCACAGACGGCACCGCCAUGUCCGCCCGCCGAACCGUUGCCGAGGCCCUCAUGGGCGGGGCCCGCGCCGCCGCAGCCCGGAAGAAGGCCAAGAAUGAGAAAACCCCCGCCCCAUCCCCGCCACCGGAUCCCUCCCCUCCUCGCCCGAAGCCCACCAAAACCCUAGACACCCCACCGGACGAGAAGAAGAAGAACGCCGCCCUCGAGCUCCGGAAGAAGUGCUCCGAUUUCAACCCUAGAGCCGCCGCUUACUGGAAGGACGGCGAGCCGGUCCCGUUCUCGUUCCUCGUCCACGCCUGGGAACUGAUCGGAAAAGAGUCGGGCCGCAUUGCCAUGACAGAGAUCCUCUGCAAUGCCUUUCGGACGGUGAUCGCCACCACACCCGGGGAUCUUCUUGCCACCGUUUACCUCACUGCGAACAAGAUCGCUCCGCCUCAUGAGGGUCUUGAACUUGGAAUUGGAGAAGCAUCUCUCGUCAAGGCGCUCGCUGAGGCUUAUGGUCGGAAGGAGGAGCACGUGAAGAAGCAAAACAGCGAAUUGGGUGACUUGGGUCUUGUUGCAAAAGCCAGCCGUUCGACUCAAAAGUUGAUGUUCCAGCCUAAACCUUUGACAAUCGACAAGGUUUUCAAUACAUUCCUGGCCAUUGCAAAGGAAUCUGGUACAAAUAGUCAUGACAAGAAAAAGAAUCAUAUAAAGGGACUUCUGGUUGCAGCAACUGAAUGUGAACCUCUGUAUAUAACUCGUCUUCUACAGUCAAAAAUGCGUAUCGGUUUGGCAGAGAAAACUGUCCUUGUUGCUCUUGGACAAGCAGCUGCAUAUUCUGAAACAUGUCCAAAGCCACCUUUGCAAACUCAAUCUCCCUUUGAAGAGGCUGCAAAAAUCAUCAAACAAGUAUAUUCUGUACUUCCUAGCUAUGAUAAAAUUGUCCCUUCUCUUCUUCAAGUUGGGGUGUGGAAACUUCCAGAGGCAUGCAAUUUUACUUUAGGUGUCCCUAUUGGACCUAUGUUAGCAAAACCAACAAAGGCUGUAUCAGAGAUCAUCGACAAAUUCCAGGGAAUGGAGUUCACCUGUGAAUACAAAUAUGAUGGUGAACGUGCACAGAUACAUUACAUGGAGGAUGGAUCAGUUGAGGUAUAUAGUCGUAACGCAGAACGGAAUACUGGGAAGUACCCUGAUGUUGUCAGUUUUAUCUCAAGAUUCAAAAAGGAUACUGCAAAAUCAUUUGUGCUGGAUUGUGAAAUUGUUGCUUAUGACCAUGAGAAGCAGAAAAUCUUACCUUUCCAGGUCCUUAGCACUCGUGCUCGUAAGGGUGUGAUCUUAAGUGAUAUAAAAGUCACAGUCUGCACCUUUGGCUUUGAUAUUCUGUAUUUAAAUGGCCAACCUCUUCUCCAGGAGCAACUCAAAGUUCGUCGACAGCAUCUCUACAGUUCUUUUGAGGAAGUGCCAGGAGUAUUCCAGUUUGCAACUGCUACCAUAACAAACGAUGUCGAGGAAAUACAGAAAUUCCUUGAAGCAGCUGUCAACUCCAGUUGUGAAGGAUUGAUUAUCAAAACAUUGGAUAAAGAUGCCACAUAUGAGCCUUCAAAGCGGUCUAACAACUGGCUGAAGUUAAAGAAAGAUUACAUGGAGAGCAUUGGUGACUCACUAGAUUUGGUGCCUAUUGCUGCAUUCCAUGGUCGUGGAAAACGUACAGGGGUUUAUGGUUCGUUUCUUCUUGCUUGCUACGAUGAACAAAAUGAAGAAUACCAAACCAUCUGUAAUAUAGGUACUGGAUUUUCUGAGUCACAACUUGAAGAGCGGUCUGCAAGCCUUCGCAAUAAAGUGAUUCCUACACCAAAGCCAUAUUAUCAGUAUGCUGAUACAGUGAAUCCGGAUGUAUGGUUUGAGCCAGCAGAGGUUUGGGAGGUGAAAGCAGCAGAUUUGAGUAUCAGUCCUGUUCAUUGUGCUGCUAGUGGCAUAGUCGAUCCAAAUAAGGGCAUUUCUCUUCGAUUUCCUCGUUUAGUGCGUGUUCGGGAUGACAAAAGCCCUGAACAAGCCACAACGUCUGAUCAGGUUGCUGACAUGUAUCGUGCUCAAAAGAUUAACCAUGCAAAUAAUCACGAGGAAGAGGAUGAUGACUAACAUAUGUGAAUUCUUCUAUUCAGUUUUUGAUGGUUCUUUGAGGGGGCUGAGAGACCAUCGGGAAGUUGUAGCAAGGACAGCGGGGAAGAGAUGGGCGUCCGCAAGAGUUCGGGAAGGGUUUGAAGCAAAAAAAGAAAAAAAAAGAAAAAAGAUACUGCUGCUGCUUGGGGCAAAACCCCACCUGAUUGAGACUCCUGAGAAUGAAAAAAGUAGAGGAAAAACCUAGGAAAACAAAGGAAAAAUCAACGAAAACAAAGGAAAGGUGGAAAAAUUAAAAGGCAAGACCUUUUCCCGCAUAGAUUGAUCCAUUUUUUUUCCUUUUUUCCUUUUUUUCUUUUCAUUCCUUUCUCUUUUUCGGAGAUCUAUGGGAAGGAAAGCACCUGAGGGAGAUUGGAGGGGAAGACCGACGUCGGUGAUGAUGGGGAGGAAGGUGAUAGCGAGACUGGUGGGAGGUGGUGGCGAGGAGAGCAGGGAGGAGAUCGACGUCUCUCUUUUUUGGAGAUCUAUGAAAAUGAAAGCACUUGAGGUAGAUUGGAGGGGGAAGGCCGACGGCAGUGACGAUGAGGAGGAAGGCGACGACGGAGACCAGCAGGAGGUGGCAGUGAGGAGAGCGGGGAGGAUGUGAGCGUCUGCGAGGGCUCGGGAAGGUUCGAGAGGGCUCGAGGGUUCGAAGAAAAAAAAGAGAAAAAAAUACUGUCGAAAAAAGAAAAAUUGAUCAUCGAGAGUUCAGAGCUCGACACGUGGCGCGUUGGGAGAGCUCUGGCUUCCCCUUUAAUGUAAUUGUAUAGAUUUUUAUUGAUUCUAUGGUGGAAGGAAUUAUGUGACAAUUCAUAAGCUCCGGUGCUUGCCUAAAAGAUUUAGUAACCAAACAAGGCAAGGUCCCUUUGAUCCUAGUGUCAAAUUUUCCAUUGUCUUGGUGGUGAUGGAACUAGUUGCCUCCAUUAGUGGUAUUUUAAAUUCUCAACAUGCAAAAUGGCUUCACGGGACUUCCUUAAAACUUGAGACUAUCAUUCAAAUUAGGAAAAUGGAGCUUGAAGUAUAGCAAAUUUGAAGAGAAGACAAGCAGUGGGGGGAGAUGCAGCAGUGAGCAUUAUAGGGAGGACAUGACAGUGGGGUGAGGACAUAACAUUGGCAAUGAGUGGCGGUGGCAAUGAGUGGUGGAGGGAGCACAGGUUGUCACAACGAGAAUCAAGGGAGCAAGUCACAGUGAUAGUGGGCAAUGACAUCUAGUGGUGGUGACAGCAAGCUGUGGAAGAAGCAUGUUGGCAAAGUGUUGGAAUGCUAGGGAGUCACCUCGGUCAUCAAAUCCACAAGGGAGAUCUAGUUUAUGUGGGUGUAGGGCAAGGGAAGCUGUUGGAUGGGUGGUGGAACGACCCAAAUCUAGCUUAGCUCUAGAACCAUAGUGAUCAGAGCUUUCGGUUGGGGAAAUCUUCAUAAUUUGAGGGGACAGUAGUGGUUGAAGCCCAAAACUUGGAUUUGGACAAUGUGAGGUGUUGGGGUUGUGCUUCUUCCUCGAUGGUAUGUAGGAUGGGGAAGUGUGCAGGGUAAGCGAAUGGGAGGGGAGGGGGACAUGGAAUCGGGGUAUAGGUGGUGAGCGGGAUGUGAGCAUGGGCCUUGCAACUCAUCCUGUGGCCAAUCUGAGCAUGGGAUGAGCUGCAACAAAAUUGGCAUUAGCUAGAGAUUCAGGCUCCCACAAUCGCUAUUCAGUUGCAGGCAUACAAGUAUGCAUGCUGGCCUGCCUUGCAGCCAGACUUGCAAUGCUGGUCAAAUUGCACCCCACCAAACAAACCCUUAGAGCUGAUACUACAGUGGCCCACUCUAAGAUCAGCCUCGCCUCAAUUUGUUGAAAUCAGUUCAGGUCUAAUCUAAACCUGCUCAUUUUACCAAGCCUAAAUCCUGCUUAUUUAACAAGGAUAAACAAUAGGUGGUUGGCUGCAAAGAUAUUGUGGGGGGAGAAAAGGAGAGGUUGGGCAUCUCAAAGUUUUGGAGGAAGAAAGGGGUAGAGAAAGUAGUUGAAAGGAGAGGAUAGUCUGAUUGACAGAUUGAGGGAGAAUGGAAGGGCCAGUUUUGAUAUCAUAACUUUUUCAAGUUCAUAUUGCUUGGACCCUGGCAUUUUGAAGGGUAUCCGCAUUAUUUGAAUUUUUGGUCUUUAGUCCAGGCCUGGUCCCAUUCACAGUCCAAGUACUGUGACUUGGUAAAAGCCUGAUUUGGAAAUGUAAUUCUAUAUAUUGCUUGUGAUGAAACCUUUCAUAGGUCUCACAUGAGUGUAUUUGCUCUCAUUUAAAUGAAAAUUAUGACAUGUUCAUGCUGUGAGAGGGAAGAAUAUAGGAAAAUUUUCUGUUUCUAUUCUUAUUUUGGAUAAAAUAACAAUUGGUCCAGGGCAACUUGUUCAAAUUGGAGUAAUGUGGCACAAUUCGAUCUAACCUCAAAACCCAACCCCACCCAACUCAAUUCGGGCUAAGUUUGGUCCUAGGAUUUUUUUUUUUAUAAAUAAUUGGGUCAAGUUGAUUAACUUUUUUUACCUAAAUGCUAUACAAGUUGGUUAGCUUUAAUCUGUCUUGGAUCUUGGAUGAAGUUGGCAGAGCA